AUGUCCGCCGGUCAUCAACUCACAUCUAUCAAAGAUGCGCUCUCGAUUCUCUCUCAUCCUGACUUGUCCGACAAGAUCAAGGGCAUCUGCAAGGUCGCCCGCAAGGCCGGGUACCAGUACGUGUGGAUCGAUUCGUGCUGCAUCGACAAGACGAGCAGUGCCGAGCUCGCGGAGGCGAUCAACUCCAUGUUCGACCUCUACCGCCUCGCCACGGUGUGCUACGUCUACCUCAGCGAUGUCUCAGACGGCACACGCGCUCGGAAGAAGGGUUCAAGCUUCGCAAAGAGUAGAUGGCACACGCGCGGCUGGACGCUCCAGGAGCUCAUCGCACCUGAUCGCGUGGUCUUUCUGACAUCCGGGUGGGCCCCUCUCGGCACGAAGAUUAGCCUCGCGGUGACGCUCCGGAGAAUAACGGGGAUAGACAUUGCCCUCCUAACAGGCAGGGCCUCUCUGGAGUCCUUUAGCGUCGCACGCAGGAUGUCGUGGGCUGCAAACCGCCAGACAACUCGCGUCGAAGACGAGGCAUAUUCGCUGCUGGGUAUAUUUGGAGUCCACAUGUCGCCGAUCUAUGGCGAGGGUCGCAACGCGUUCCUCCGUCUCCAGGAAGAGAUCAUCAAAAACAUUCCGGACCAGUCAAUUUUUGCGUGGGGU